AUGCGUCCGUGGUAUCAUUCCGGGACCGGCCUGCUCUUGGCGCUGUUCACGACGACAAGCGUGACCGCUGCCGUCUCAUCAGAGACACUUGCUGCGUGCGUGAAGCUCUUUGAGGCCUACCCAAAGCAGCUGGUCUGGGAUCCGCUUGGUCCCAAGGGCAUAGCUACGGUCUUGAAUGCGAGCAUCUACCAGUCGGCUAACACCGAGUACUGGAAUGCCGAGAGCUCCAACAACCGUGCUGCUUGCCUGUUCCUGCCCGGCAAUGCCCACGAUGUCUCGUUCGCGGUCAAGACCCUCAAUGCGCACCCGACUGUGGCGUUCGCGCUGAAGAGCGGUGGCCACAAUCCCAAUCUGGGCUUCUCCAGUGUCGACGAGGGCGUUCUCAUCUCCUUCCGGCCCAAUUCGCAGUACGCCAUCCCCGCGGCGGACCAGGAGACUGUCGAGGUCGGUGCUGGUGCAAAAUGGGAGGACGUCUACGCUGUGCUGCAGCCGCUGAACAAAGCGGCAGUGGGUGGCCGCCUGGGUGAUAUCGGCGUCACUGGCUUUACCAUUGGAGGCGGCCUUUCAUAUCUCUCAUCUCAAUAUGGGAUGGCUUGCGACAAUGUGGUCAAUUUCGAAUGUGUUCUGGCUAAUGGCACCAUCGUCAAUGCCAAUGCCACCUCUCAUCCGGAACUGUUCUUCGCCCUUCGUGGAGGUGGAAACCAAUAUGCCGUAAUCACCAAGAUGACUCUCAAGACUCACAACAUCGGUACUGAGGGCAUGGUCUGGGGCGGCACCCGCUUCUACACCGCCGAUAAGCAUCCCGCUGUUCUCUCUGCCGUUUCGAACUUCACCGCCAACAACAAGGACCCAAAGGCAGCCCUGAUUCCUACGUUCAACUUUAUUGGAGCCGCCGGGAUCGACGUUCCAGCUAUCGUUGUCUUCUAUUUCUAUGACGCAGCGCAGCCAGCGGCUGGUAUCUUCGAUGAACUGGACGCGAUUCAUGAGCUAUCAGACGGUGUGAAGACUCUCACGUACGAAGACUUGACCAAAGAGAACAACUCUGGCAAGAUUGAGGUCCUGCGCUUCCAGAUCCGAAUGAACACCUUCCCCAACAUGCCGAUGCCGAAGAUGUCAACAUUCCUGAACGACCACUUCACUACUGUCGAGAAGGCAACCGCGACUGGUUCCUUGCUUGACCCUCUCGACCUCAGGCUGUUCACCUUUACCGUCCAGCCCAUGUCUCAUUUGAUUGCUCAGGCCUCUCAAAACGCAGGCAGCAACGCCCUCGGGCUUGAUCCCACUGCGGGCGAUCGGGUGUGGAUGGAGUACGAUAUCGCAUGGCUAAGCCCGUUAUGCGAUGAGCAUUGCCCAGGCUUUGUUCGCACAAUCUCUGAUUCGCUUCACAAUAUGCAUGAAAAGAACUACCCAGGAGUCUAUCCGACCAACUACAAGAGCGGCAACCUGAAGGAUGUCAGUUACAAGCCAAUCUUCAUGAACGACGCCAUGUAUGACCAGAGAGUGCUCCAAAGCUAUGGGGAGGAGACAUACCAGCGACUAAAGGCGACACAUUCGGCGUAUGACCUAGCCGGUUUCUUUGCUACGAGGCAGAAAGGAUUUGGGUUCACAAAUUGA